UAAUAAACGUCAAUAGAAGUGUAAUGCUGAUUGGCGCAAUCUCUUUAAUCUAUUUCCCGAUUCGUCGACAUUCGCGCUUGCGCAGAUUGCCAAUCGCAGAGUUGCUUUUGCCUUGUAGUAUUUUCUUUCUUUCUUGUCAUUUUACGAUUAUCAGUGAAGUCCAUUCUGUAGUCAGCUGCAUUGUUUGUUAUUGGAAAAUAAUAAAUAGUACUACAGACGUAUUUAAAUUGUCCGCGAGUGGCGUGUAUCGUGCUAACACAAUAUUUUUUGCGUUAAACAAAAUAUCCACUAAAUCCUUGAAAUAGGAUUUUGUUUGAGUGUGAUCAUUUAAAUUUGGUGCGAUUCGCAGUAGGUUCCCGACCAUUCUAUUGAAAUUGAGCAAACCCAGUAAAUUAAUGUUCGUUCCCGUUUCAAUCAAACUUCGCAGUUUCUACUCACCGACAGUUUAAAUAACAAUGGACGACGAAAACUGAGUAUAAUGACUUGACCCAUCCCCUAACAGUUAUUAUUAAGUCAAAGAUCUCGAUAAUAUAAGCAUAAAUGUUCAUAAUUAUACUAUUAUAAAGAAAAACACAAAAUGCCUGCGAUUUUGACAAAGAUCAGAGAACAGGCAUCGAGGGUACAGCCCUCGAUAGCUUUAGGAGUGGGGGUGGGGGUGGCUCUAGCUGCCUGCGCUGUCUAUGGUACCAGAGACAAGAAGCACGCGCCUCCUUGCAACAACAAUAAUAAUUAUAAGGUUGCUAAAAAUGGCAAGCUGCACAACGUGGAUAGUGGGACGGCGAAUGGAGAAACUUGUGGUGGUCGGUGCGGGGCUGAGCAGUGCGCACUCUGCAGGGGAGAUGCAGACACAGACAAUAAGCAAAAUAUUGAAGACGCAGAUGAGACCCAAUCGGUAGAGGAACACAUCCCAGGUCUGAACCUGGAGUUCCUUCGUCAGCUGAUCUCUCUCGCUCGCAUCAUGGUGCCCGGAAUCCGGAGUCAUGAGGUCGCCAUACUGUCCGCACAUACCCUCUGCCUCUUUACAAGGACGUUCCUGUCUAUCUACGUGGCCUCCUUGGAGGGAUCCAUUGUAAAACACAUAGUCCAAAAGGACAUGCGUCGCUUCGCGAUGCUGUUACUCCAGUGGUUCGGGAUAGCAGUUCCGGCGACCUUCAUCAAUUCCAUGAUCAGAUACCUUGAGAGCAGACUGGCUCUGGCCUUCAGGACCCGUCUGGUGAACCACGCUUAUGAGCUCUACUUCAAGAACCAAACCUACUACAGAGUCGCCAAUUUAGAUGCUAGAAUUGAAAAUGCUGAUCAUAGAUUGACAGAAGACGUUUCAGUGUUCACGCAAUCAGUGGCACACUUAUACAGCUCUCUGACGAAGCCCUGCUUCGACCUGCUCCUCAUUGUCCUUACCCUCGCCACCUACUCCAACAAGAUGAAGGGCAAUAUAUUCAUUGGUCCCAGCAUAGCUACAGUAGUAAUAUGCAUGACGGGCCAGCUCUUGCGAAUGUUGAGUCCGAAGUUCGGUGCCCUAGCCGGCGAAGAGGCGCGAAUGAAGGCCAACUUGAGGCACGUCCACGCGAGGCUUAUUGCCCACGCCGAGGAGGUCGCCUUCUACGGUGGACAUAAGGUGGAACUAGGUCAGCUCCAAGCUGCCUACAAAGAGCUAGUAGCGCAGAUGACGUCAGUAUUCAACAAGAAGCUCUGGUACGUGAUGCUGGAGCAGUUCUGCAUGAAGUACGUCUGGUCGGGCACUGGUAUGGUGAUGCUGGCGUUGCCCAUUCUUACAGCUUCGCAUUCACAGAGAGACGGAAGCAGUAUAAGUGACCGCGCGGAGUACAUGACAACAUCUAGGAAUCUACUCAACUCGGCCGCUGACGCUAUCGAGAGGCUCAUGUCCAGUUAUAAGGAGAUAGUGACGCUGGCGGGGUACGCGACGCGCGUGUCGGACAUGCUGGUCGUGUUCCGCGAGGUGGCGCGCGGCCGCUGCGUGCGCGCAGUGCACGUCGCGCCGCACGCCGCCUUCCGCGUCACGCUGCGGGACAACGCGCCCGUGCCCGAGGGUAAAAUAGUAUACACAUCGGACCUGUCUAUCAAGUUGCGCAACGUGCCAAUAGUGACCCCGGCGUGCGACGUGGUGGCGGCCGGGGUCUCGCUGGACAUCGCGCCCGGAACACAUCUACUCAUCGUGGGGCCCAACGGAUGCGGGAAGUCCAGUUUGUUCCGCAUAAUCUCUGGUCUAUGGCCAGUGUUUGGCGGGGAGCUCCAUGUCCCACGUCCCUGCGCCUGCGCACACUGCUCGGACGACUGCAGCCAGCCCGACACCGGCUUCUGUACCUCCAGGCCCAUCAUGUUCUAUAUACCGCAGAGGCCGUACAUGUCGCAAGGCUCGCUGAUCGACCAGGUGACGUACCCGUCGCGCGCGCAGCCCGACGACAACGCCGCCUGGCGCCGCGCCGCGCACAUCCUGCGCCUCGUGCGCCUCGACGCCUGCGCCGCGCGACACGGCGGGCUCGGCGCCGUCCGCGACUGGCGCGCCACGCUCUCUGGCGGGGAGAAGCAGCGCAUGGCCAUGGCGCGCAUGUUCUACCACAGGCCUGUCUACGCGUUACUGGACGAGUGCACGAGUGCUGUCUCCAUGGAGACGGAGGUCGUGAUGUAUGAGGAGGCCGUCAAAGAGGGAAUCACUCUUCUUUCCAUCACUCACAGACCGAGCGUCUGGAAAUAUCACACCCAUGUACUUGAAUUCGACGGAUGUGGGAACUGGUCGUACAGGCCACUAGACAAGGACACCCACGUGACCACCGCGCUCCCCUCCAUCGCGCCCCCCACCACCAACCCCACGCCCGAAGCCCAGCAACAGGAACACUGACACAAUAGCUAAUGGUAAUUAUUAUUAUUAAAAAAAUAGUAUUUAAAAAGACUCUUGUGAGAAAAGGUUUUUGUUUACCCAACUGCGUCUAAAGGUGGGGUUAUGUAUUUACAUGCUAUAACAACAUUUCCGAUAUGUUACUUUAAAGAUUGUUACCAUAAGAUUG